AUGGCCCUUGGGCCUCAACACAGGCCUCCCUCUGCCCCUGCCCCAGUUCCACACCCUUCCCUGCCACCUGCCCCAGCAUUCCCCUUUGAUGCUCCAACAGCCCCCAACAACAACAACCCUGGUGAGUCAUCUGUCUGUUGCCUUUUCCCUUGGAUUCCUGUAGAGACCAUCAAUGCAGUCUACAGGGACCUCCUCUGGCCUAGUGACCUCAGCAAGCUGUGCAAUGUGUCUGCUGUGGUGUCCAUUGGGGAGAAAGUGACCCUCUCUGUGGGCACUUACAAACUUGCCCUCAUGCUCCCCACCCCUACUCCCAUGGCCAAAACCUUCCUCAAGACCAUCCCCGACUUGGUUGCCUUCUGCCAGGUCUGGAUCGUCUACACAGCCCUGCAUGCUGCAGCCUCCCCCGACUGCACCCUCGGCCCUGCCCUGGCUGGGUUCCUGGUACACAUCGCCGAGCUGGACCAUCACUUUGAAUGGACAUUCAUUGCUGACUACAUCCUCACAGUCUGUGAGAAGCGUUUUGGCCAUGCUGACGCUGACACCUGGUCCAGAUGUGACAUGGAGGCUUUCCAAGACAAGCUCGCGAUCGUGCCUACCAAGCCCCCCAAGGCCUCCACCAUCACCACUGAGCCGAAGAAAACAAGGAGCCACCCAUCCUGGUCCUGCCCCAACCUAUCGAAAUUCAAACCCUCCCAGCCUUCAUUGGUUGCAGCCAAACCUGCCAACCAUUCCAACGUCAAGGCGGGAGGCACUGCUUAA